AUGGAGAAUCAUCCUCCCUCACCGCAAGCAUGCAGUUCUGCCAACCCUCCCACUGAAAGUUCCUUCAGUUUCACGCCUAUCAAAGCUCUGAGCGCGUUGCCGCGACUGUGGGAUCGCAAACCUUCGACGCCUGUCCGAGCCGGAGACAAGACACGAAAGCUGUGGAAGCGCAUUCGCUUUCCGUUUACCAGCAUGAAUACUGCGACAGAAAGUCAGACCUCGGCGAUCGGCGCCUCGAAAACCUCGGAUUAUCAGCGCGGCGUGAAGCGCCAGUGUGUUGACCCCGCCGAUGCGGGCCACGAGACUGAGGCCGAGCAACGUGGUCGGUCUUUCCUUGAGACAAAAUGGGAGAUGCAGGCGUCUCGGAAACGACGCAAGUUGCCCGAAUUCAAUUUCAACAUCCACGACGAGGGCUCCCAGGAGGUGUUUGGUUUCACUGCGAACCAAACUAAGGGAACGCUCAAUGAUGUUGUUGGCGACGUAGCUACGAAUGCGUCACCCCAGCCGCUCAGCGAUUUGUGCAAGACUUCCAAGACGCCGGUUUACAACGACGCUAUGGCCACGGACUUGAAUAUUACAGUAUCCGACGCAAACACAGCGCAGGAUCUGCAGUAUAGACCAUCCAGCCAAGACGCUCUGGGUGCGAUCGACAGUGCAGGAGAGGACAAGGCCAACGCCAUGUCUACCACAGAGUCCGUGCAAGACCUGACGCAAGAGCAAGAGAUCAAGUUGGUACGAUCGGCACUGCGAAGCUCUUUGGAUGGAGAGGAUGCAGAUCUCCUCAACGACUUCCUGUCCAGGGCGAAUGCGAAGCGGGCCGCCAAGGCCACGCACCCUGAAGAUGCGAAAUCAGCGGAGAUGUCUUCCAGUCCAGAGGAGUCGCCAGAGGUUGAAUGCUCAACACCGCCACCACGCCGCGUGUUAGAGGAGCUGACAGUCAACUCACCUUCACCUGUCAAGUUGCAAUUCUCGCCUAGUAAAUAUGGCCUCAAGCGUGGUGUCGAUGGUGCCAAUGACCGGGAGGAUAUCAUCCCCAAAGAAAUCAAGGAAGAAGAGGCUCCUUCAAGCCCUGCCUGUCGUCGAAGCACCCGUACUAAAGGCUCGAGUACCCCUGCCAUGCGCAACACUAUCUCAUUCCGCCGAGCUAAAGGGACAGAAUUCGUUUUUCAACAGCGAACUGAGAGCCAGCAGGUGGCUAUGGCUACAAAGCGCAAUACUCGGCUCAACAAGGGUAAAUCUGUAACUCCCAUGGUCACCCUGGAAGCUCUGGCUCAACAGUCGAGCCAGGAAGAGCUCCAACUGGACAAUUCACAGAAUGAGAACUCUAAUUCCAAGGACACUAGUUUCCGCGGGCUGAACAAACCGCGAAAGCAAGUGUCGUGGAACGAGGAGCGCAUGGCCGAGUAUGAAGAGUACAGAGAGCCAAUAGACGAGGAAGAUGAAGAGGAGGGUGACCGAUGCACAGAUGACGUGGGCGCAACGCCUCGCCCGCGACCAGAAAGCAAGCGCUCAGCGAGGAAAGCAGAGUCGGGUCACCGCAGCAGCCGUAGCCAAACACAAAAGGCAGACGAUAAUGCAGACAGUGGGGCUACCGAGAGCGGCCCAACCCCGACUACUGCACCUCCUACUGUAACCCCGCGCUCACGCCGGGUGAGGCGUUUGGGCGACUCAGGAAUCUUAGGGUCCGGUACCCCAGUUAAGACUGGAAGUCGCAGCACAAGCAAGCCUCCCGCAGCCUCGGCACCCACUGUGGCUGCUGUUGCCCCCUCCACACCUACUAAGGGUCGCCGCAAGCUUGCUCCCAGAUCUCCCAGCUCGUCCAAGCUCCCCGCACGAGCUUCCAAGAGUGCUAACACUACCGCGGAUCAGCCUUUCGUCAGUGGCAUCCCCACUCGCAGCUCACAAAGCACAGACGAUGCACAGCGACAGAGUAUGCUUCAGAUGAGCGCAGGGUGCACGCCCACAGCUCGACGUGUUCGGUCGAGAUCAUGA